AUGUACGUGGCAUUAGGAGGUUUCUUGGGGGCUGCAGGCUUUUUCCGACGACACAUCGCCAAUUUGCUAAAAUGGCAGCUCCAAACCCAGAUUGAGCAACCCUUUGAAGUGCACUGUGAUGCUUCAAAGAUUGCCAUUGGUGCUUGUCUCUUGCAACGAGAUUCUAGCGGUAUAUCACAUGCCAUAGCAUAUUUUUCCAGGAAAAAGAAUAGCCCAGAAACGCGAUAUAGUGCAACAGAUAGCGAGGCCCUGGCAGUUGUUGAGGCAGUUAGAGCAUUUGACCCUUAUGUUUAUGCACUAAACUUUGAGAUUGUCUAUAAGCAGGGAUCACAUUAUGUCCCAGAUAUGAUAUCACGAGCCUCUACAGUUGCUGUGAAUGCUACCGAAAUUUUGGAAGACAAUGAUCCAGCUGUCUUACGAAGUGAACAGAUGAAAGAUCUUACCUGGGCUCAGACUAUUGAAUAUCUCGAGGGUGGAACCCUGCCAGUCACAAAAUUACCAACCUCUGUAGCCGAGUUUGAAGUCGCCAAUGGUGUCUUAUAUCAUCUGCAGAACAAUAAUGACCGCAUUCUUCGACAGGUUGUUGUGCCUCGGCAGUUGAGGGAUUCUGCUUUGAGACUAGCCCACGCUUCCCCUCUUGCAGCCCAUCCCGGAAUUUUUAGGACAUAUAACAAGGCAAAAUCUAUGUUUUUCUUCCCGAACAUGCUGUCUUAUACUAAGCAGUUUGUAAAAUCAUGUCCAGAUUAUAAGAGGGCUGAAACCAUUGCUGUAGCAAUUAUUGAUAACUUUAUUACAGUAUAUGGACCACCGAUGGAGUUGCAGACUGACGGCGGGGCAGAAUUCAACAACCUUCUGGCCGCUGUUUGCACUGAAUUACAGGUGAAAUUCAAACUAACUCUCCCAUAUCACCCUCAAGCUAAUGGCAUAGUAGAGAGAACUAACCGGGUGGUUAAAGAAGCAUUAUCUGCCCUCUGUGGUCAUGCAGCAUAUUAUUGGGAUGAAGUUCUGCGGCAGGUGAGGUUCGCUCUAAACACCUCCAUUCAUAGGUCAGUCAUGGACCAGCCUUUGCAUUUAUUUCAAGGCCACCCAGUUGACAUGCCCGUUGGUUUAACGAUGAAACCUGUUUAUGACGAAGCUGGCCCAGAUGUCCUACGGCAUAGGCUACAGCUGGCUUGGAGUGCAGCUCAGGAAGCAUGCCAAAAAGCUAGGGCUGGAUGGACUAGGGAUUAUGACCGUAAAGUAAGAAGACAUUUGUUCCUUAAAGAAGGCUCAUUGGUUCUAACAAAAAUUCAUAGGCGUACCAAUACCUUGUCACCCCGUUGGGAAGGUCCGGCUAGAGUGCUCAAGAAACUGGGACCUGUUGUGUUUCUGGUUAAAAAAUAUUUACGGUGA